CGUGGCGGCGCCGUUGUGCGAGCCGCGGGGUGUGUGUGGGGGGAAGAUGGCGGCGCGCGGGUUGCUGGCGCCGGGGCUGUUCCGCGGGCGGGUGGCCAUCGUCACCGGCGGUGGCACCGGCAUCGGCAAGGCCAUCGCCGCCGACUUGCUGGCGCUAGGUUGCAGUGUUGUUAUUGCCUCUCGUAAAUUUGACCGAUUAAAAGCUGCUGCAGAAGAACUGAAUGCUACAUUUUCUUCCAUGAGUCCUGCCAAAGUGACUCCUGUACAGUGCAAUAUCCGCAAAGAAGAUGAGGUAGAAGCUUUGGUGAAGUUUACACUGAGUCUGCAUGGGAAGAUUGACUUCUUGGUGAAUAAUGGAGGGGGCCAAUUUACAAGUCCUUCUGAAGCCAUCCGUGCAAAAGGCUGGAAUGCUGUGAUAGACACAAAUCUGACAGGCACUUUCUACUGCUGCAAAGCAGUGUACAAUGCCUGGAUGCAGGACCAUGGAGGAGUGAUUGUCAACAUUACUGCUGCUGUGAGAAAUGGGCUUCCUGGAAUGUCGCACACAGGAGCUGCAAGAGCUGCUGUGGAUAACCUAACCAAGACUUUAGCUUUAGAGUGGGCCCACAGUGGAGUAAGAAUCAACAGCGUUGCUCCUGGAAUAGCAUUUUCAGAAACUGCUGUUGCAAACUAUGGAGAACAAGGUACAAUGAUGUGGUUAAGGAGCAUACCAAAAGUUCCUGCCAAGAGAUUAGCGGUUCCUGAGGAGAUCUCUCCUGCAGUGUGUUUCCUACUGUCUCCAGCUGCUUCUUACAUAACUGGGAUAACCAUGGUUGUGGAUGGUGGCAAAAGUUUGUAUAGCUGUCUCCUAGAAAUACCUGAUCACGACAGAUGGCCCCCACCACCAGAAGGAAAAAAUUCUGAAAUGCUUAAACAGCUGCUUUCUGACGAGUUCAAGGCAAAGCUGUAAAAGAAUGAGAUUUCAUCUUAUUUUCAUUUGCACACUUGCUGAUAAUCUUGCCUUGUGAUUUGGGUUUACUAUUCUCAGUAAUAUAAUUUUUUUUGCUCAAACAUAACUACAUUGAGUGUCUGGAUUUUUGUUGGUUUAUGUUUAAAACUUGAAGGGCUGUACAUAUAUUAUCUCUGAAAACACUUGCUGCCCUGAAAACAUCCAGUCUCUUCGGAAGGGAAGAUGUAAAAGACAAAUUCUCCAUCUGCACAAGCAUUGACUAAUGAAUAAUCUCAGUCAGAAGUGAAUUUUAAAAAGACUUAUUUUGAAGUGAAGGGGGUAGAGAGGGAAUGUUUCAGAAUCCAUCUGUUCUGUAUGAAUUUUGAGAUAAGGUAAUUUAGAUUUCUGUUACUAUUAGUUGCAUCAGUAAGAUUUUAGGUAAUUUUACACUAAAUAAAACUCCUGAAUAAUCAAACUUCAUCAGCUGUUAACUCUGCUUGGCCACACACUGAGUGUUCAACAUUUAUUUUAAAGACUAAGUAAAGUAGGUAUUUCUCUGAAAAUAAUUAAAAAUAAGGCAGAAUAUUGUUAUUGAUGUUUCAAACUAAUAUGGCAUAUCACAUUAGUUUGUUGUGAAUGUUGUGAAUUGUUUGCAGAUAUAACAGCGUAAUAGAUUUAAGCUGAUUGUAACUGAAAUUUUAUAAUAGAAUAAUCAGAUAAUAAGCUUUAACAUACAGAGAUGGAAAACUGUAUAGAUUCAGCAAUUUAACAUACAAAAUCUUGAAGGAAAAGCUGUGGUGUAUAUUGCAGUGCUUUCUGCAGCAUGCUGUACUGUCAAAAGAAAACAUGGAAUCCUUAGUUUACCGGUUAAAACACUUUCUAUCCAUAACAUGUUGUCUUACAAUGGUAACACAAUUUUGUUCACCAGUGUCUCUAAAAUAGGUGUGAUUCUUGUGAUCAAUGCAGAGAUUCCAUUUAAGAAACAGAAAUCUUGCAAUGUAUCCCUUUGAGAGUCUAUAUUUGUCACUACUCAGUUUUUAAAUUGACUAUAAGGAAAUAUUCCCAUGUCUGAUAACUUUAAUCAACAUGUAAAAAAUAAGUGAUUUGUUCUAACAACUGGAAUUUGUGGAAUCAAGUUGCUGCUAUAGAAGCAACCGUUUUAGUACUUCAUUUAGUACUUGAUUGUAAGAGUCUUUGCCAGUUUGUUCUCUGCAAAGAUGUUUGACUUUUGUGUCUUUCAUUAAAAUAUAGGAAUUUACAUAGA